AUGGCGACAGCGGAGGCGGCGGCGGCUCGGGUCCCUGCUCAGACUCGGACCCCGGCCCCGGCCCCAGCCCCGGCCCGGGAGCUCGAGCCGACUCCGGCUCGGGCGGGGGCCCAUGGGGGCGGCGGCGGCGGCGGCGGUGACUGUAACGUGGAUAUCCUCACUGUGCUCCGCACGAGGGACAAAUUGAAGGAGCAGUUAAUGGAGUGCAAGACUGCCGUUCUUUCCGAGAAAGAAAAAUUCCUUGAUUAUCCAGCUGAAGAAAAUUUUAUCCAGAGUGCCACAGAAGAUUUGCAAAAAAAUAUAGAGGAAGUAAAAGUCUCUUUCCAGAACAAGACAUUGGCCUUGCAAAGAAUCCAAAUUAUGGAUGCCUUGAGAAAGAAAUUGAAACAAAAUGAUGAGGACUCACGGCUGAUCUUGGAAACAAGGAAACGCAUACUAUUGCUUAGCCGGACAAUAAUUGAAUAUCAGGAGCAAGCACGUCACAAGGAACAAGAGUUGAUUGACAUUAAAAGAAAAAGACUCUUACUAAAAAACAGACUACAGAAACUACAGGAAAUGCAGACCACGAUGAAAAAGGAAAAGGAGAAAAGAGAAAGUGUGGAUGGCGUUGAAAUACAGGAGAUGCUUCAAACAUUACAGAACACAAGAAAGACAACUACAAUACUUCAAAACGUGCUCCAGGGCAUCAUAUUUGGAAGCACAGUUAACUGGGCAGAAGAUCCAUCUUUAAAGGCAAUUGUUCUAAAGCUUGAAAAAAAUGUCUAUUUUCAGUGAGUCAGGAGACAUGCUAUAUUUCAUAUGUUUAUUUUUACAGUGUAUGCAUUUGAACUGAACUCAAUGGACUUUAUUUCUCAAAAACACACUUCAAGAAUUUUUAAAUUUUAAUUUUCUGAAAAGUUUUGUUCUCUCUAGAAAACUAGAAUGUGUCCAAGCAAUUCUUUGAAAUUAAAUUUAUCUUCUGGUGGAACAAAAAAUGUUUGAACAGGUAGUAGAGCUGAUGAAAAGAAACUACCUGAAGACUAAUUUCUCAAGCUGUCCUGUCUGAAGCAUUCGUUUUCCUCUGAAAGGCAACAAUAAUGCAAGAAGGGUUUCAAGCUUUCAUGUAGAAAUGGACUUAAACUGAGGUAUUGCUGUACCCCUUUCCUGGGGACCAGCAGGCCAUGGAGCUCAAUCAGGAUGCAUGACCCUGCUCUGUCCCAGUCAAAAGCUCAAUCUGGAAAAUUUAUGAGCAAGUCUGGAAUUGGGAUUAUUCUUGUUUUUAAGGUAUUUUGUAUAAACACCACAAAAUUUGCGCUCUUGUUAGCAGUGACUCUUGUCUGCAAAAGUGAAUUCACGCCAUGAACUGCAGCUAAGCAGUCUUGACUAGCAUUUGCGCUUUUCUCAUUUGGUGUUGUUUGUUUGAUGUUUGAAGGAAAUGGACUCUUGGCAUGUAGCACAUUUUGGGAGGGUGUAGGGUCCCUUGUUGUCUUG